UCAGAACACCGGCCGUAAGUCCCGGAGCGAUGUCGUCGUCGUCGCGUCUGAGUGCGGGCGCGAGUUCCAGCGGACACAGCCCGACGAGUCCUUCCGGCCGAAUCGGCGCGACCUUAGGUGCACGUCCUAAACAUCGCAGCAGGACAGGCAGCAUGCCGGCCGUUCCGCGUCACAAACCAAUAGCCCAUACAAAGCGCGGCAGCGUGGUAGAUCGCGAGGAGGUUGACAACGACGAAGGCGUGGAAUAUUACAGACUCCGAUCCUUUUCCAUCACGGCAAAUGGGGUGUUCAACGUGGGCGAUUUAUUCAAGGCGCGCCGCAGCAGCGCCAACUCGUCCAAUUGCAGCAGCACCCGCGACAUGAGGCGGCUCAGUCUGGCGUCGCAGGGUCUGGUCUACGACGCGGACGAAGCCGAGCAGGUGGUGACCACGCACAAAGUCGGGAUGCUGGGCGCGCAGGGAGUCGGGAAAACAUCUCUCGUUCGCCAAUUCGCCACAAGCGAGUGCAGGUGCGCGUACGACUAUUCGCCAGACGAGGAGUGCGCGCAGAAGACCAUCUGCGUGAUGCUCGACGGACAGGAGACACAAUUGGAGAUCAUUGAUCACAGAGCUGGAGACAUGUCAGUGGAGACUUUUUGCUCGACUUACAAUCCGGACAUAUACGUGGUCGUGUACUCGGUGGUGAACAAAAGAAGCUUCAAAGAGGCGGAGGAGAUGUUGGUCUAUCUGACGAAUCGCAAUUACAUGACCACUCACGGUGUGAUCCUGGUCGGCAACAAAGUGGAUCUCGAAAGGCAACGGCAGGUUCCGUCGGAAGUUGGCCGUCGUUUGGCGAACAGUUGCGAGUGCAAGUUCAUCGAGACCUCGUUGAAUCUGGAUCAUCACGUGGACGAGCUUCUGGUCGGGAUUCUGGCGCAGAUCAAGCUGAACUCGAAGCGCAACCGGGACCAAGACGGCAAACGUUACAAACACGGCAGUCAGAUUUUGAAGCGGUUACUCAGUUUCAAAGGAAAAACGAAGAGUUGCGAGAAUCUGUUCAUUCUCUGAGAAGCUCUCCUCGGUGACAGUACGAGUGUGCGUGUUCGCGCACACACGCUACUUGUAUACAUAACAAUUCUAGACUGAUGUCUGCGACAAUAUGCUAAAGAAUUGCGACGUUUAAUUACACCUGAUUGAUUUAAUUUUCUUUUCGCAUUCUCUCUUAAAAAAAAAAAAAAAAAAACGGAUAGGUUUCUGUUUUCCGAAGAAAAAAAGUCUAUCCGUUAACUUUGAGACAGAGUGCAAGAAAAUUAAUUGUAGAACGGCGAGCAGACACUUUGACGCGGCUCCAUCGUGAAGAAAAAAAAAUCUAUCAUUAGGAGCUUUAAAAAGUGCGCGUAUGAUUGCGUUUCGUUUGCGCAAGAUGAAAAGCAAUUAAAAACGGAAAACCGACCAAGAAAGGGAAUCAUAUACAUAUAUAUAUAUAUAUACACACAAUGUCAUAUAUAUAUAUACAUAUAAACUAAUUCUAUUUUGACGAUCAAAUGUCAAUUAGAAACUAUCUGUGACAUUGGUGUAAACUACGAAUAAAUAAAUCUAUUUGUGAUUAUGAUAUGUAUAAUGUGGAGCCAUAUAUGUUCGUUAUUGCGAAUAAAAUGAGAGAAGUUCCAGACCAAUAUAUAGGAGCCGAAGAACAAAUAAAUGUUCUUGGGUGCAAUGAAAACGAUGCAAAACAUCUAUUUGUUAUUAACACACAGGCGUCUGGCGUAUAACUCGCGACGCGCACACACACAUACAUAUAUACAAAAGAGAGACACAUGUGGGUAACAAUUUUAUUUUGAAACAUAUCACACGCUCCUAUGAGAGAGCACCGCUGGUGUUGUAUUACAGGAUCAAAGCGAUACUUGUUACGCACAAACUGCGUGGCUUUUGUAUCGCGGCUUUGCUUUCCGGAAAUUGGGUAUAUUUUUUAUUCGAAAUCGCAUAUGCAGAGAGAGAGAGAGAGAGAGAGAGAGAGAGAGAGAGAGAGAGAGAGAGAGAGAGAAAGAGAUAGAUUUUUGUUGAAAUCUCGACAAAGUAUAAAAGUGGAUGUUUUAUAUGUGGAUUUUUAAUAAACUCGUUUAUUUCUGCUACAAAAAGCAAAAGGUAAGAUUUUUCCCGUUCAUUUUAUUUAAAUAGCACGAUAACAGACUUCGAUGGAAGAGCAGGACGGUUUCGACGGUUUCGAACAGAUCGUCAUUGGCGUUGACGAACGUUGAGAACAGCACGGUCCGAAAGUGAUCGGACAACAUCGGGGUGGCGGAACAGACGGCGGUCUCCGAGCGGGAGUUGAGAGAGGAAGUUCCGUAAUUCGCGGGGGUAGGAUUACGCUCCACGACGGCGGCGACGGAACGC